AUGGCGGGGGUGAGGACUGUUGCCCAGGUUAGUGGCGGUCUGAUUCAGUCACCCGCCUUUCAGAGGGCUGCAGUCCAUGCCAGGGCGGGAACUAGACACAUCUUCACCGUCCCUCCCGCUUCCUCACGGCAGAUUCCGCCAGGGCCCCGGAUCUCGGUGGAGGCAGCAGCCCCUGGCUCGGAGAAGGGAGCUGCUCUGACGAGAGGAUCCAGACAUCUCAAGAAGAUGACCGAAGAGUACCCAACCCUUCCCCAAGGAGCAGAAGCCUCCCUACCGCUGACAGGAAGUGCUUCCUGCGGUGUCUCCAGCAUCCUCCGGAAAAUGUGGACAAGGCACAAGAAGAAGUCGGAAUAUGUAGGAGCCACUAACAGCGCCUUUGAGGCUGACUAAAGGUGACCCUCCCCAGAUGUCCCACACUGGCCAAGGUUCCCUGGACGAGGGGAGAAAGCUCCAGGAUCAGAGCUGAGCCACACUCAGCUGGCCCCAACACAUCAUCCUCCCUCACUAACUGGUCACCCUGGCUUAGGGCACGGAAAACAACGUCCCUUGAAGGCAAAAUAAAACUGUGCAAAUUGCUAAAGUCAUUAGUCUGAAAGUGACUUUAGGAGCUCCUAAAGUUUAUAUCCCCAUCUUUAUGCAAAACCACACCAGCCCAUUUUAAAGACCUCCAAGAAAAGAAGAGGAGGACUCCUCUGUCUUCCUGUGAGUUGUUCUAAAGUGUUUAUUUUCUGGUGUAAAUUUAAGAGCUUGACUUUGAGACAUUUGUAAACAUGAUGGUUCUUACUGUUCCCAUUAUCACAUUGAUUUCACCUGGAUGAGGUACAAUUUUGAAGGACAAAGCAUUAUCUAUUAACUUAGUAGUUCUAAUAUACACUUGAGAGUAUCAUCAAGAUCGAUUUUGGUGGUCAUUUGGCAUGACUGCAUGAAUUCUCUAUUUUCUGUGCAGUUUUUCUAUAGAAAAACAUUAAAAAUUAAAUGUUGAAUGCUAAUGUUUUCUGAAGUGGUAUUAUCAUAAUACCUUACUUUGGUGUAAUGAUUCUAACUUCUGAAAGUGCUUUCUCAUCCCUUAACUCUUCUUAUCUUCACAAAGCCCUGUUGAGGAAAGCACCAGUCUUCCCAGAUAUAGAUGGAGAAAUUGAGAGCUGUGGGGGUUACGUGACUAGAUACUGGGAAGGGGAACUAGACCCCAGGUCCUCAACUUCUCUCCGGCAGACUCCCUGCUUUGCUUCCUCUAAGCAACUGAUUUGAGGAAGUUUUUGAAUGGUGGAAGUGAGUCUCUAGGGGACAACUUCUGAGGGAAGAAUCUGAAAAGGUUGGAACAAGUAAAGUGAUUUGAAUGAAACACAUCAUCAUAUAUUAUUAGGUUGACCCAGAAGAAAUUGCCAUUUUGUAUGUCAAAAACAUUGAAUAUCAAUUUGAUGCGGUUCAACCUAAUACAUAAUAUUAUACUUUCCUUCUUUCCAUGGAAAUGUCACCGUGAAGUCCAUUGUCAACAUCGGUAGCCUUAAAAUGACAAUAUACUACUACUAAUGAUAGCUAUCAUUUAUUAAAU